AUGGGGAAGCUCAUACGUCUCGAGCUUUUCAACUUUAAGUCCUACAAGGGCCACCACACCCUUCUAUUCGGGGAUUCAUACUUCACAUCCAUCAUCGGCCCCAAUGGCUCAGGGAAAUCUAAUUCCAUGGACGCCAUCUCUUUCGUCCUGGGUAUCAAAUCUUCCCACCUACGAUCCAGCAACCUCCGCGACCUCAUCUACCGUGGCCGGGUGAUGAAGACCUCAAAGAUACAGGACGAUGGAACCACUGCCCCGGCUACCAACGGCGAUGUCAACGGCUACGAGAACGGCGACGCUGGCGACGACGAGGAUACCUCCCAGCGGACCUCCCGCAAUGAUCCCAAGACCGCAUGGGUUAUGGCCGUGUACGAGGACGAUGCUGGGGAGUUGCACCGGUGGAAGCGCACCAUUACGGCCAACGGCACCAGCGAAUACCGCAUCAACGACCGCGUUGUGAACGCCCAGCAGUACAACGAAGCUCUCGAGAAAGAGAACAUCCUGAUCAAGGCGCGUAACUUCCUUGUCUUUCAGGGCGACGUCGAAGCAAUUGCCUCCCAGUCACCUCAGGAUCUCACCAGGUUGAUCGAGCAGAUCUCGGGAAGCCUCGAGUACAAGGAAGAGUAUGAGAGGCUGGAAGAGGAGGUCCGGCAGGCCACAGAAGAACAGGCCUACAAGCUGCAGAGACGUCGCGCUGCGAACUCUGAGAUCAAGCAAUAUAUGGAACAGAAACAAGAGGCCGAGAAAUUCCAAAAAGCAAGCGAAGAGAGGGACAAGGCCAUCAUCGCCCAUAUCCUCUGGAAGUUGUACCACUUCCAACGCGUCAUGGUCGAGUCGAGUGCACGAAUCCAGGAGCACCAGGAGAACCUCAAGGAGUUCCGCCGUAACGUGGAGGCCUAUGAGAAGAAGCUAGAUGCUGCGCGCAAGGAGCAGCUCGCCGUUGGUCGCGAGGUCGCCAAGAUCGAGAGAAACAUACAUGAGAAGCAAAGAAGCAUCGAUGACCGAAAUAACAUGCUCGUCCCCGUCGACGAGAAAAUCACCCAGAGUUCUCAGGAGGCCGUAAUGUUGCGGAAGCGCCUUGCCGAUGUCAAGAAGGACAGGGACGAAAAGUCCGAGGUUAUUCAAAAGCUGAAGAAGGACCUGGCCACAGUCGAGAAAGCUCAGCAACAGUUCGAAAAGCAGUGGGCUGAAACAGUAAAGAAACAGGGAAAGGAGCUCAGCGAUGCUGAUCGCAGGGAGUACACCGCCCUCCAGGCUGAGGUUAUGAGGAAGACAUCUGAUAACCGAGCCAAGCUUGCCAACCUGGAACGGCAAUUGAAAGGCGACGAGGUGACGGUCAACAGCCUGAAGGGCAAGAUUGACAGCUUCGAGGCGACGAUCGAGAAGCUGCAGAGUGAAGUCCAGACCAUCAAAGAGCGUCGGGACGCCUGCCAGGACUCGGUCCUCCAGAUCACGAGCGAGAUCGAUUCCAAGAAGAAAGAGUUCAACAGCAUGCAGUCGGAGCGCAUUAGGAUUAACAACACGCAUACUGAGCUCGAGGAGAAGCUCCGCGAUGUUUUGAGGAGGCUGGAGGAGGCCGAGCUAGGGCGGAGGCAGAACGAGAAGGAGCUUAAGAUGCGCAACAUGGUCAGCGAUCUGAAGCGGAUAUAUCCCGGUGUUCGUGGCCGCGUCGGUGAACUUUGCAGACCCAAGCAGAAGAAGUAUGACGAAGCCGUUAUUACCGCCCUGGGCCGCGAGUUCGAUGCCGUCGUGGUCGACACGGAGAAGACAAGUUUGGACUGUGUUCAGUAUCUCAAGGAUCAGCGCUUCCCUCCGAUCACCUUCAUUCCACUGGACAACAUCAAGGUCAAUACGUCCAACUCGGCCGUCAAGGGCAUCCAUGGCGCCCGACUCACCAUCGACACCGUCGACUUUGAUCCCUCGCUCGAGCGUGCUAUUGCCUAUGCUUGCGGAGGAUCCGUGGUAUGUGACACCUUGGAAAUUGCGAAAGACAUUGUCUACAACCGCAAGAUUCCAGUGAAGGCAGUUACCCUACAGGGAUACGUGAUCCACAAAACCGGUCAGAUGUCUGGUGGUCGGUUACCGGAAGGCAAGGGUGGUUCCCGACGAUUCGAGGAGCAGGAAAUAGAGAAUCUACAGCGAAUGGCUGAGAAGCUCAAGGACGACAUUGCCAAGCUCCCACCACCCAGUCGCAGGAGUAUCGCUGAGGAGACUUUGCAAAACGACCUUGUUGCGCUGGAGCAGCGCCUUCGCAUACAGCAGAGCGAGUUGGUCGCCUUCGAAAAGAACCUGACGAGCAAGCAGAAGGAGCUCGACAAUGCUAAGAGACAGCUUAAGGAGUACGAGCCCAAGUUUGCCGAGAAGGAAGGCGAGCUGCAACGCACUCGGGCGACGGUUGAAAAGUUCGAGAAGGCCAUUGCCGAAGUCGAAGAUAAGAUCUUUGCUAGCUUCUGCAAGAGGCUUGGGUAUGAGAACAUCCGCGCGUACGAGGCCCAACAAGGCAGUCUUGAGCAAGAGGCAACCCAGAAGCGCCAGGAAUUCAACCUGCAGAAGCAGCGCAUCCAGAACAGCCUGGCUUGGGAGACGUCACAGUUCAAUUCCUUCAACGACCGUCUGCGCGACCUCGAGGCGGCGAUCAAGAGGAAUCAAAGAGAUCUUGAGAGCUACAAGCGAGAGAAGGAGGAGAUCGAGAAAGCCAGGGGGGAAGAUCUAGACGAACUGGAGGCGCUCCAAGAGACACUUGUGGAGGUGAAGUCAGACUAUACCGAGAAAUCCGACCGGGUGGCUGAGAUCAAGCAAGGCCUGGAUAAGAGGAGACGAGAGAUCGAAGGUCGGCUCAAGGAGAUCAGCAACCUGGAGGCUGUUGUGCACAAGAACAGCCAGGACAAGUUCGCACUCCUGCGUCGCUGCAAGUUGGAGCAGAUCAAGAUCCCUCUCAAGACAGGUUCGCUUGACGAUCUGCCAAACGAAGAAGCCCUUCUCCAGCGGGAUCAAGACGCCAUGGAUGUGGACGGUGAGGUGGAUGAGGACGGAAUGCUGGAGGCGGCCAUGGAUAACUAUGGUAUCGAGGUCGAUUUUGAUAAGCUCGAGGACAACCUCAAGGAGGACGAUGACAGCGUUGAGCGUCAGCUCCAGGCUAAGAUCGACGAGCUCACUGCCCAGCUCGAGAAACUCAACCCCAACCUCCGCGCAAUGGACCGUCUCGACCAUGUCAGGAAGCAGCUCGAACAAACAGAACAGGAGUUCGAAGCCUCCAAGGCCAAGUUGCGCCAAGCCCGCGAGAGCUUUCAAGCCGUUAAGCAAAAGCGCCUGGAGCUCUUCAACAAGGCUUUCACCCACAUCCAAGAGCAGAUCACCCACGUCUACAAGGAGCUCACGCGCUCCGAGGCCUACCCGUUGGGCGGCCAGGCCUACCUGGACAUCGAAGAGGACACGGACACGCCCUUCCUCUCCGGCGUCAAGUACCACGCGAUGCCGCCACUCAAGCGCUUCCGCGAUAUGGAGCACCUGUCGGGCGGCGAGAAAACCAUGGCCGCGCUGGCGCUGCUGUUCGCCAUCCACAGCUACCAGCCCAGUCCCUUCUUUGUGCUCGAUGAGGUCGACGCUGCGCUGGAUAAUGCGAACGUGGAGAAGAUCAAGAAGUAUAUCCGCGAGCAUGCUGGGCCGGGCAUGCAGUUUAUCGUCAUCUCGCUCAAGCCGGCGCUGUUCCAGGCCAGUGAGAGCUUGAUUGGUGUGUAUAGAGAUCAGGAAGCGAAUACGUCGAGGACGUUGACACUUGAUCUGCGCAAAUAUAGGUAA